AUGUUGAGGAAGUCCCUGGAGAAGUUUGUUAAGGAUAUGAUCAUAUCGUCUACUAAGAACCUUAUACCUGUGCCAUUCAAAGACAGCAACUCCCAGCUGAAUGACAAAAUCAUUGCCACUGGUGUAAUAACUAGAGCCUACAUACACUGUGCUCUGUGUCAGAAGAAUGGAGAGACCCGAGAGUUUUACACAACCCAUUUACUGAAGGACAAUCGGGGAAAGAUCAUCUGUCCCAUACUCCGCAAGUACGUGUGUCCUACAUGUGGUGCCACUGGUGACAACGCUCACACUCUCCGACACUGCCCAGUCACCAAGGCCAAGGAGCUUGCUUGGUUUGGACAGUGA